CCUAGCGUCAGGCUACGCAUGAUAACGUCAUGGGAGCAGGGCUGCAUGCAUGUAGCCCCCGAUUCAGGGACCUUUUAAGCUUAUGUGGAGUUUCAGCGUGCACCAUCAUCUUUAUCGCCAUCUUUAUUCCAUGGAACUUAUCUGAGCUAUCAUUUUAUUAUACUGCGACUGUGAAGUGUCGUUGCCAAGUAAGACAUUAUCAAUAUGGCUAACGCAACGACACCUCUCCUCGCCGAUGAUCGUCGCGACCUCGAUGCCGAUGCGUUAAGCGACACCGAAGAAGAUGCCCUCCGUGGGCAGUCCCGCGCUACACAAGCUGGUCGAUCGUGGCACAUUCGAUUACGAGAAUCCCUACUAUUCGCAUGGGCGCUCCUCGCGACAGCCGGUGUUCUAGUCCUCGCCGUCUGGGCAUCCCAUCAACAACAAACCUCCUUCGACAAGCCCGCGGGCAAACGAAACUUGAUCUUCAUGGUCUCUGAUGGAAUGGGCCCUGCCUCGCUGUCUUUGACCCGUAGCUUCAGACAAUACACCGAAGGUCUCGAAUUCGGCGACACCCUUACCCUCGACAAGCACUUCUGGGGAAGCAGCCGGACACGAAGCAGUUCAUCCCUCGUCACCGAUUCUGCCGCGGGCGCGACAGCUUUUAGCUGUGGAAAGAAGAGUUAUAAUGGAGCUAUUUCUAUGUUGCCCGACUCCACUCCCUGCGGAACCGUUCUUGAGGCGGCUAAGAAAGCGGGGUAUAAGACGGGUCUGGUUGUCACAACAGACAUCACCGACGCGACGCCUGCUUGCUUUGCUAGCCAUGUCGAUGUCCGCUCACAAAACGAUGAUAUCGCUGUGCAAGAAGUUGGAAAUGGGCCCCUUGGUCGCGUCGUGGACCUGAUGUUUGGCGGUGGUCGAUGCCACUUCCUACCAAACGGAACCGACGGCGGAUGUCGUGAAGAUAAUACCAACGUAGUGGAAAUGGCGAAGAAUGAUUAUGGCUGGAACUAUAUCGGCGACCGGGCAGGAUUCGAUGAAUUCUGGCUGGGAGAGAAGGAUGUUCCACUUCCCAUGCUAGGACUUUUUGCGUAUACCGAUAUUCCAUUCGAACUAGACAGGCGAAACUUGAACGAUGUCUACCCAAGCCUGAGCGAGAUGGCUAAGACGGCGCUACGAGCGCUUGAAAAAGCAACUGAGGGCAGUGAUCAAGGAUUCUUCUUGAUGAUUGAGGGUAGCAGGAUUGACCACGCCGGCCAUGGCAACGAUCCAGCUGCGCAAGUGCGAGAGGUUCUUGAAUAUGAUAAGGCUUUCAAAGCUGUAUUAGAUUUCUUAGAAGAGAGCAGCACACCAGGUGUCUUAGUUGCCACCAGCGACCACGAAACCGGAGGAUUAUCAGUAGCACGACAGGUCAACGCCAACUACCCACAAUACCUAUGGUACCCGGCCGUUCUAGCUAACGCAUCAUCCUCUUCGGAAUAUCUUGCCCACCGCCUCCAUGGACACAUCGCCCAGACCACCGUUCGUCCCUCAGUCGAUAAGCUCAAGAAAUACAUCAACGAAGAGCUCGUCAUCCCCGGUCUUGGCAUUCACGACGCUUCCGACGACGAACUAGAGGCAUUAGCCACAAACCCAAGUCAGGCGCAGCCCCUAUUUGCCCACAUGAUCAGUAUCCGCGCACAGAUCGGUUGGAGCACCCAUGGCCACUCCGCUGUUGAUGUGAACAUUUACAGCUCUGGUGGCCCUGGCGCGGAAGCUAUUCGUGGCAAUGUGGAGAACACAGAUGUAGGCAAAUAUCUGAGGGAAUACCUCAACGUUGAUGUAGAGGCUAUCACGAAGGAAUUGAACGAGAAGAUAACUUCCAAACGAGAUCUUGGGAUGAUUGGGUACGAAAUCCACGCAGAAACCACCGACGGACAGGCACCUGAAGAAGAGGAUCACUGGGUAGCUCAUCAGAAGAUGGAAGCUAAGUUAGCAGAGAUGGAUGCAUGAAUACCUAAUUUUGCAGGAUGUAAUUGAUAUAAUAAGGGGUUUAGAGUGGCAUGUUCGAGUUUUGAAAUUGGGAUCUUUCCGUUAAGUCAUAGCAUUGUAUACAUCGCAUACCUGAGUAAAGGCAACAUAUAAAGAAUUGAUACCCAUCUACAUAUAAAA